AUGACUGAUUCUUCAAAUUAUUCUUCUGAGGAGAGCCCCCCUGGAAAUUUCAAAAAGCAGCAACUACCAGAUAAUUCAAAUCUACACCAAGAUCAAACACCACCUCCACCUGGUAAGAAAAAGAAAAAUAAGAAACAAAAACAAAAAGCAGAUAUAUCUAGCCCAAGAACUAUUGUUUUCAACAAACUGACAGAGUUCCCCCAGGAUUACUGUAGGAACAAAAUCCGAACUACCAAAUACAGUCCGCUCUCAUUUUUGCCCAAGAAUAUCUUUCACCAGUUUGCCCAUAAUGUGGCCAACUUAUAUUUCCUUCUUAUCGUUAUUCUUGGGGCAUUCCAGAUCUUUGGGGUACCAUCCCCUGGUUUGGCUGCUGUUCCUUUAAUUGUUAUUGUUUGUGUGACAGCUGCCAAAGAUGCAUUUGAAGAUUCCAGAAGAGCCGUUUUAGAUGCAGAGUUCAAUAAUCAAUACACACACAUAUUGGAACAAGUGAAUUUUGAUAUUACCGACUACCGAUACAACAAUGAUAAUGUUCAUGAAGAAAAAGUUUCAUUAUGGAGAAAAUUCAAAAAAGCAACAACUAGAGGUUGUAUCAAGGUAUACAAGUUUUUUCAAAAUAAUUUCACCAAAAAGGGAAGAGCAAACAAAGCUAGACAGGAAACCGUGGAUACCAGAAGAAAAUCUUUUGAUAGUGACGUUGCCUCCCCAAGAAGUUCACUUGACAACGUGGAAUCGUAUGGAGAAGCACUUCGAUUAUCAACCACCAAUAGAUCGCACAGCCAUCGUGAUAAGAUCUUGAAGUUUGGUAGAAAUUAUUGGAAGAAUGUGCGUGUUGGUGACAUUUUGCGUGUUUACAAUAAUGAGGAAGUUCCGGCUGAUUGUAUUGUUUUGGCAACCAGCGAUGAAGAUAAUUUUUGUUACAUUGAAACCAAGAACUUGGAUGGUGAAACCAAUUUGAAAGUCAAACAAGGCAUUAGAUAUUCGGAUAUGGUUCACAAGGCUGAUGAUAUGAUUGAUCUUGAAUUUGAAAUUGAAUCAGAAGCCCCAAACCCGAAUUUGUACUCAUAUGAAGGUAACAUCAAAUACGAUCGAGAUGGUCACCAGAUUCAAGAGCCUUUGUCUAUCAGUAACUUUUUGCCUAGAGGUUGUACCGUGCGUAAUACCAAAUGGAUCAUUGCAAUUGUUGCUUAUACUGGGCAGGAUACAAAGAUUAUGUUGAAUGCUGGUAUCACCCCUACCAAGAAUUCACGUAUCUCUCGUCAGUUGAAUAUAUCGGUCAUCCUUAAUUUUGUAUUGUUAUUUGUCUUAUGUUUUAUAUCCGGUUUGGUCAAUGGUUUGUACUAUCGAGGAACAAACAGUUCUAGAAUUUAUUUUGAUCUACAUCCAUAUGGUAAAACUCCUGCAAUAAAUGGGGUCAUUGCAUUCUGGGUUGCAGUUAUUAUUUAUCAAUCCUUGGUUCCAAUCUCAUUAUAUAUCACAAUUGAAAUCAUCAAGACUGCCCAAGCGUAUUUUAUUUAUGCCGAUGUCAAGAUGUAUUAUGAGAAAUUAGAUUUCCCUUGUGUUGCAAAAGCUUGGAAUAUUUCUGAUGAUUUAGGUCAAAUUGAAUAUGUUUUCAGCGACAAGACAGGAACAUUAACACAAAAUGUAAUGGAGUUUAGAAAGUGUACCAUCAAUGGGAAAUCUUAUGGGUUGGCUUAUACUGAGGCUCAACAAGGUUUAGAUAAACGUGCAGGGGUAGAUGUGAUUGAAAAAGCCCAUAGAUGGAAAACAAAGAUUAGCAAGGAUAAAGAGGUUAUGAUUGACGAAUUGCACAACAAUCUUUCAAAUAGAGAUGUCUAUGAUGAUGAACUUACUUUUGUUUCUCUGGAGUUUGUCAAGGAUAUCGUGGAUGAAUCUGAUAAACAGCUGCAAUGCAACAAGCAAUUCAUGUUAGCAUUAGCAUUGUGUCAUACUGUGAUGACCGAAAAGGAUCCAGAAAACCCACAGAAACUGGUUUUGAAAGCUCAAUCACCAGAUGAAGCUGCUUUAGUGGGGACUGCCCGUGCAUUGGGAUUUAAUUUCAAGAAUGCUACUAAAAAUGGGGCAGUAAUAGAGGAAUUUGGAAAAUUGACUGAAUAUGAGAUUUUAAACACAUUGGAGUUCAAUUCUACUAGAAAGAGAAUGAGUACAAUUAUCAAAGUUCCCGGAAAGACUGCCAGAGAUGAGCCUAAAGCAUUGCUCAUUUGUAAAGGGGCCGACAGCGUCAUAUUUCAAAGAUUGGAUCCUACAUUGAAUUCAAAUGAACUCGUUAGCAAGACUGCACUUCAUCUUGAGGACUUUGCCAACGAAGGUUUGCGUACUUUGUGCAUAGCUCAACGUGAAUUAAGCUGGAGCGAAUAUUCCGAGUGGAGCAAACGUUAUCAAGCUGCUGCUUCGUCUUUGGAAGAUCGUGAGUAUAGAAUGGAAGAAGUGGCAGAUUCCAUUGAACGUAACUUGAUUUUGUUGGGUGGUACUGCUAUCGAAGAUAGAUUACAAGCAGGUGUUCCUCAGUCUAUUUCGAUUUUAAGUCAAGCUGGUAUUAAAUUGUGGGUUUUGACGGGUGAUAAAAUUGAAACCGCUAUUAACAUUGGGUUUUCCUGUAAUUUAUUGGAAAACGAUAUGAAGUUAUUAGUUGUUCGUCCCGAGCCUGAUGAUUUAGAUAAUGUGGCUCAUAUUGACCAAUUGAUUACCAAAUAUUUGAAAGAAGAGUUCAAUAUCGACGUCAGUACUCCAGAGCAAGUCGACAGAUUGAUAAAAGAAGCAAGAAAAGACCACUCCAUUCCCCAAUCCAAGGUGGCAUUGAUUAUUGAUGGUGCAGCUUUGUCUGAGAUUUUCCAAGACUUGAGUGAACAUCCUGAUCCGUCCGUCCAACGUUUGCAGGAUAAAUUCUUGUUGUUGGGUAAGCAAUGUAAGUCUGUUCUUUGUUGUCGUGUUUCCCCUGCCCAAAAGGCACAAGUUGUUAAAAUGGUUAAGAAUGGAUUGCAAGUUAUGACAUUAGCAAUCGGAGACGGGGCUAACGAUGUUGCCAUGAUCCAAGCAGCCAAUGUAGGUGUUGGUAUUGCUGGUGAAGAAGGUAGACAAGCUGUCAUGUCGUCAGACUAUGCCAUUGGACAGUUUAGAUUUUUGACAAGAUUACUAUUGGUGCAUGGAAGAUGGUGUUACAAGAGAUUAGCAGAGAUGAUUCCUUGUUUCUUCUACAAAAAUGUCGCCUUCACACUCACUUGCUUCUGGUAUGGUAUUUACAAUAACUUUGAUGGAUCAUACUUGUACGAGUAUACUUAUUUGAUGUUUUAUAAUUUGGCAUUCACAUCAUUGCCAGUUAUAUUUUUGGGUAUUUUUGAUCAGGAUGUUUCAGAUACAGUUUCACUUUUAGUUCCGCAACUAUACAUCAGUGGUAUUUUGAGCAAAGAUUGGCAUCAGUUUAAAUUUGUUUGGUAUUGUGUUGAUGGUUUCUAUCAGUCUGUGAUUUCAUUUUUCUUCCCAUAUUUACUAUUCUACAAGGCAUUCCAGAAUCCUCAGGGAAUGACAAUCGAUCACAGAUUUUUUGUGGGUAUAGUGGUAGCAUGUAUUGUAGUUACUGCUUGUAACAUCUAUGUGUUGAUGAGACAGUACAGAUGGGAUUGGUUAUCAGUAUUGAUUGUGGUCAUCUCCAUUUUAUUGGUUUAUUUCUGGACAGGUGUGUGGAGUGUCAACAAAAAUUAUUCUGGUGAAUUCUAUAGAGCUGGCGCACAAACUUUGGGUACUUUGGCAGUUUGGUGUUGUAUAUUUGUUGGUAUUAUUGGCUGUUUAUUGCCUAGAUUUACAUAUGAUUUCUUGAAUUCCAACUUCCGUCCUUCAGAUGUUGAGAUUAUCAGGGAACAAGUUAGAAAAGGUGAAUUUGAUGAAUAUCCUUUUGGCUAUGACCCAACAGAUGCAGAGGAUGUAGAGAGACACAGAUUGCUUACUGAAAUCAUCAAAGAGGAUCCGACAUUAUUUGAGAAGAUGGAACAGGAAUAUAAGGAUGAGGAACAGGAGAAAGAAACUAAAUUGGGCCGAACUUUCAAAUCUAUAAAGAGACACACUACCAUCAAACGAAACACUAAACAAUCCGAGCAACGUUUGAGAAGAAACACCAUUAACGAUCAAUUCCAGAAACAUAUUCCUUUGGAAGAAUUACGACAACAGAUGAUUCAUACUGGAGAAUAUACCUCAGGUAGAUAUUCGUUAGAGAGGUUAAGUACCACCCAUGAUCUUCCAGGAGUUGUUCAAGCUGAUACCUUGUUGAAAUAUCACACCAGGAAUAGUGUAAACAUGAGUUAA